GUUUCGGUAAUCUUGAGGUAAAAUGGCGACGGGUGCCAUUUCCAUGGAGCCCAAGAAAAUAUCAGAAUUAAGAGUGGUGGAUUUGAAAUCCGAGCUGAAAAGAAGAAGUUUGGACACCUCUGGCAUUAAGAGCGUCCUCGUGACAAGACUGAAACAGGUAACCAAACAAUAAGCGAAUCCGCGCGGAAGUGAACGUAAACAGAGCUUUGAACUGCGAUGCAGCGACGCUAAAGCUAACAUUAGCCUCAGCGACGCGACACCCGAGCCUGGAGAGGUUCAGAUAGACCGAAACUAUUCUCAUAAUCGACGGCUUCUCUAAGCUGCCUAAUAUAUUACCGCAUGUCAGAAAGGUCAGAGGAAUAAUGCACAUUUAACCGAGCGACAUUCAAGCUUUCAGUCUUGAUGUUAUCCGGACUCUAACUCAUUGCGCGUUAUUGACUCCAGCUGUUACGAUCGCAGUGACUUGUUGUACCAUUAUCGUAAAUUUACGUCCACUGAGGAGAUGCAAAUGCAACCGUGAAAUUUCUUAUCAAGCGUCUGUAUAUGCCUGUUAUUGUCUUAAAUUGAUCGAUGCCUUUCAUUAUGAUGAUGAUGUUUGUGUGGUUUAUCUUUGAGAGGAUGACCUGACUAUGUUGGGAUCACCUACAAAAAAGACAAAUUGCUUGGUCUUGAUAAAGCAAAAUGCCCCACAAUUUUGCUUUUAAACUUCUACUUGUAAUUAGCACAUUAGAGUCAAAAUAAACCACAUCAUAUCUUGACUGUGACAGCAUGAUGAUUGUCUGAAAAUCUCCCUUUGACCUUAACCUGUUGAAACUGUCGGUUCUCAUUAAUUUAUUUUGAUUUUGAAGGCGAUUGAAGAUGAAGGUGGUGACCCAGAAAACAUUCAAACCCAGUCCUCACCUGACGCAGCAUCCCGAAAAAGUGGGAAAGCCAAAGGUAAUCCUUCAAUUCAGUGUAGAAAUGAGAGAGGCCGGUUUAGUCUGCUGUCCUUUUUUACAUUUGUUUUAUUUUCUGUGACUUCCAGUGAGAAAAGUGGAUUCGGACACGGACAUCCCAGGGGAGGACGAUAUGUUUUCCAAGGUGAAGUUUGCAUUCAUAUCAGUAAAUUGAGUGUCAUCCUGAUGGUCACCUGAGAGCGAUCCUCAUUGUUUGUGCACGAGCACUCUUGAAUUUGCUUAAAUACUUGGUAAAGUUAGAGGAAGCCACACUGACAUCGGUUCUGACUAUGGAAACUAAUGAUAACUAAUAUUGACAAAGACUGUAACCGUUAAACCAAGACUUGUUUGUCGAACAUGCAAAAUCAACUUGCCAGCGCUGUACAAAUAGAACCUGCUUUUGCUUCUGCGCCAACCUCUUUAUUUCUUUUUCAGGAAAACGAAGACGAUGAAUCAGAAAAAGGUAUGUAUGUCGACCAACUAGUGCCCAGUGUUAACAUAAAGUCGUUCCCUCUCUACAGUUUAAAUAUGUAUUGACUAGACCACUAAUAUGUAUAGCCUACAUCCUUUGGUAUUUUAUGACUUAUUAGCAAGUACAGUAUUGAGGUCACAGUGUGCCAAAAGGAGCACCAAGGACGUGUUUGAUCAGGGAAUUUCUGAUGAGAGACUCGUUUUUUUUUUUUUGUUGUUGUUGUUAUCUGUGUAUACAUGGAUCAUGGGGCAUGGGUUUGCCAUGUCUCCGGUAACACAACACCUUGAAUAAUUGAGAAUAUUAAGUGGAAAGUUUUGUUUACUUCAGUUGAUUUCUGCUUCCUCUGGCAAUCACCAUCCUAAACACCUCCCGGGAAACAAAGAGUGAAGAUUCUCAAAAUAUCUCACAAUGUAUCACCCAAUGAAUCGAAGGAACCGUGUCUAACAGAGGAUCGUUGCACUUCCCUGCAGAAAUUUGAAUUGAUAGCAUUGGUGGACAAACCACUGGCAAGUGCACAUGGCCUCUGUGAACACUUGAGUCCCUUUACCACAGGAAAAGGGAAUCUCAAUACAAGUCUCAAGUGAGACGCUCUGAUUUGGGAAGCUCAAGGGCAGCCGGACUCUGCAAAACUGUUUAGAGAUGAGGAGACCUUGUGUCUAGAGGCAAGUGAAAGAUCAAAAGACUCAAUUCAUCACAAACAUCCAUCCAAACCCCAAGCAUCUCCGCCAGCUUUCUGCAGCCCCCAGAAUGAUGUGUGCCGUGAAGAGCUUUGACUCAAAGCACUGCCGUGGACUGGCAAAGACAGACUAUUGUGAUCUCAGGCACACCUUUGUUGUGUGCAGUUGACUGGACACACUGUGGCAUAUUGGACUGUGUGAUGAAUAGUCUUCUGAUGUCUACCAUCGAGACAUAGGUGAUUUUGGUUAUUGAAGAAUCACUGGAUGAUAUUGAAGAUGGCCAAUAACUCAAGACAUUUCACACUCUGCCGAAUGGGAGGAAAACAAGGAUGAACUGCUCAGUUAUUCCUCCUCGUUUGAACUUUGUCCCAACUUUCCCAUCUGAAGAAGCGCCAUGUGAUGCAAGAAGAAAUGAUAGUUGCCUGCUCUGUAUGAGUAAUAAAUGAAGAACUUGUGUCAGGAGAUGAAGAGCACAGAUUCAUCCUCAGUUUUCACUGAAGAUUGUGUGUUUGUGUCUUCCUGUGGUGUCAGCGCCCUUGAUGACCAUUAACACUAAAUUUGCUUUCUAUUCUACUUUAUAGGUCCAGCCAUGUCGAUGUUAAAAGUUGUGUUUUGCCAUGUUUAUCCUUAUUAAAUCCCUCAGAUGUAACUGAUACAGAUGAUGGUACUCGUGAAAAUUCUAAGCCUGCACCCUGUGAGGACAGCCUCUCUCAGCCUGAGCCUGAGGCUGAGGUUGAGGCUGAGGCCGAACCCGAGUCAGAGGCUGUGGCGGCUGAGGCUGAGGCUGAUUCGGAGCCUGAGCCAGAUGGGAAUGCCGAAGCCGAGCCAGAGGUUGAUGCCGAGCCAGAGGGGGAUGAGGAUGCCGACCCAGAGAUGGAUGGGGGUGCUGAGCCUGAGGGGGAGGCUGAGGCGGAGGUAGACACCGAGCCAGAGAUGGAGGCUGAGCUGGCUGAGAUGAACGCUGAAGCGAUGAAUUCUGCUAAAGAGGCUGAGGACGAUCACCUCUCCGUCUCCAUCCAAAAUGAAGAUGCCAUCACCCUAGAUGUUGAUGGGGACGAUCUCCUGGAAACAGGUAAACAUGUGAAACUUCCAGAUCCAGAUGCCGAGAAGGGCACUGAUGAGCCAGAGGCCUCUGCUGAGACGGGCCCUGAUGAUGACACGAAGGGGGAAGAGAUGGAGGGCCACAAAGAUGGUAAGAGGGAUGACGGAUCCAGGUGCGAGCCCACGAAGAAAGACAGCAGAGAGGCCUUGAAGAAAGCUGAAACGGGAGAUAAAGAAAAGGAUUCUGGGAAGAAAGGCCCCUCCACUACUGGGGCAUCAGGUCAAGCAAAGAGGUUUGUCUUUCUAUGUCAGUCUUUUUGAUACUACUACCAAGUCCAACUCACUAAGAACCAGCAUUGUGGGUAGCCUCAAGAAUUUUUUUUUUUUUUUUUGCCAUAAGGGAAUUGUUCACAGAUGUACCUAAUCCUGCCAUUUACUUCUUUGAUUUGUUUUUCUGAAGUUGGUUAAAUUGUGAAAUUAACCAGACGAAGCCGAGCAAACACCUCUUAUUUGUUACUUUGACCUUCCCAGCAGUUUUAAAGCUGUUUCCUGUCUCUACACAAGCCAUUGUUAAAGGGCAAUAGUACCCAAGGUUGCAGUGAUUUUUUUUUUCCUUUUCGGCCAAACAAUUUGCUGUGAAGUUGAGCAAACCUCUGAAGAUUUCAUUGGUCCAGGGAGUAAAUUGGCUGACAACUUGACCCAUCUCACCACUGGAAAAGCAAUGAAGCCUUUGAGAUAUUGGUUCUGCGCCUUGCCCAAAGGACUUUUUUUGUGCGAAGAGCAAAUAAUAUGAUGUUUUGAUUCCAGUAAAUGACUGUGUGUCACUUAAAACCAAGGCUCUCUUUACCUUUACUCAUUUCCUCUGUCUGUUGUUACAACAUUUGCUUUAUAGCUCCUCAAGAGACAGGGAUGGAAAACCAGCAAAGGAGAAUUUGGGUAAGACUGAAUGAUGAAUGAUUUUACAUUCAAACAACAGGGGAACUGCUUUGUCAUACCAUUUCAACUCCUGAAUAUUGUCAUGUGCCCGGUGGUUAUUCAACAUUUCUUGGAAAUCAUCUUCUCCAGGUGUCGUCAGCAGUAGCAGCAGCAACAACAGCUCCUCUCGUAACAUAUGGGUGAGCGGCCUGUCCUCAAACACCAAAGCAGCUGAUCUAAAGAACCUUUUUGGAAAAUAUGGGAAGGUAAAUAAGAUGUUUGUGGAAUAAGUUGAUCCUAUUUUAUACCGGGAGGAAACUUCGUACACUUAUAAUCUGUUGAGUAGAAAACUGUAAAGCCAAUUCUUUUGAAAACAGGUUUUAAGUGCCAAGGUGGUCACAAAUGCUCGCAGCCCUGGUUCAAAGUGUUAUGGCUUGGUGACGAUGUCUUCAAGCACAGAAGUGGCUCGGUGCAUCUCACAUCUCGACUGCACAGAGCUUCACGGACAGCAGAUUUUUGUUGAAAGGGUAGGUUAGCAAACCGAUGGGGAGUCAAAACAUUGAAACAAUCUUUGCUGUUUGUAUACUGCCCUAAAUAAACGGAGCAGAUUUGUGUCAUUUAGAUAUCUCUCCAUCUGUGUUUCAGGCUAAAAAUGAUCCUUUCAAAAAAGAGGGGCCCAAGAAUGAAGCAGAGGACAAAGGAGGCUCCAGCAAAUCAAGUGAUAAACGAACUUCCACAGGGAUGAAAUCAACCAACAAGUGGGUGAAAGAAACCAAUGAAAAUAUGAACCAUUUUUAGAUUGAAAGCACAUGUAACCCAUUUCUUCCUCUCCAUGUGUAGAGCACAGACAUCUUCCAAAAAAGAAGACAAGAAAUUAGAUAAAGCUUCAGAGAAGGACAAAGAUGCAUCCAAGAAACAGGAGGCCAAAAGUGGAAAAUCAGAUUCUGUUUCUUCUAAUUCAGGACCAGAUUCAAAGAAGGAUGACAGAAAGCAUGGGAGUAAGUUUUUACCCAGUUUGAUCCUGAAUUUUUAAUGGUCUGUUGUAUUUCACAGUGUCUGUUCGGUAGAUAUUCACUGAACUUUUUAUUUCCAGGGACCAAGAGUCCAGGCAGGAUGAUGGUGCCACAUUAUGCUAAAGGAGAGUCUAACUUUAACAAAAUGAGACCUUUCAGAAAGGGAAGGUAUUUUGAUAAAGUAAGACCUUUAUUUGUAUUCUGUUUUCUGAUUUGAUUCAAAAUAAUCUGUUGAACAUAUUUUAUUUUAAGUGCGAUUGUAUAUGUUCCUUUUUUUCAGCCUUUUAUGAACAUGAAUGUCCAAAGGAAGCCAAAAUGGUUGAUCCCUCCAGAAGAGGUACGAAACUUUGAUACCAAGUGUUUGUGUUUAAUAUUUUUGAUACCGUGAGCCUUUUCUAACCCUUUAUUUUGUUUUUGACUCUUAGUUUAAGAUGAUGAAAGAGAGACAGCGGCCUUUCAUAAACAAAGGGGAAGACAUUUUGCCUUUUGAGAAGAUGAAGGAGCAGCGAAUGCGUGAACGGAUGGCUCGUGCAGAGCGUGUUCGUCGGGCGGUGGAGUUGCGCAGGUUGUUUUCAGCAGUUGAUAGUCAAAACACAUUUCAUCAAAAUAUGUUUCGAUGCUUUUAUUGUUUAGUGAUCCUCCGGUUUUAAGCUAAAGGUGUGUUUGGUUUUUAGGCGCCGUGAAAUUGCUGAACGAGAACGCAGGGAGCGUGAACGUGUCCGGCUUUUGCGAGAACACGAAGAACGGGAAAAUCUGCUCCGGGAGCGCCAGAGACUGGAAAUGGAGAGACAAAAACUGGAGAGAGAGCGCCUUGAGAGGGAAAGACUUGAGAGAGAGAGAAUUCGUAUAGAACAGGUAGAAAGAUAACCUCAUUUUCACAUUAAAGGCUCGAGUCCAUCUGAUCUAUAACUUCAUCAAAUAUGUAACUAAGGAUUUUUGUCAUGAAACUGUCACAAGCAAGCUCAGUCAGUCAUGAAGAGAUUUUUAUUUGCAUUUAUUUCUUCAUGAGAGGAUAGUAGAAAUUGCAUUUCAGGUGUCUAAGAUACACAUAUUAAUUGGUGAAUUGGAAUAUUCUCUCUUUGAGGAACGACGCAAAGAGGCUGAGCGAAUGGCACGUGAACGCGAGGAGCUGAGGAGGCAGCAGGAGCAGCUCCGGUGUGAGCAAGAAAAGAGAAACAAUCUCAAAAGAGGCCGUGAAGUGGACCACAGGUUGGUACACUUUUCCGUACAUUCCCCUCAGAAGUUUGACGAAGGUUAAACUUAGUGGACUUUUGAGGAAUAGAUUCACAAGCUCUUUUUAAAAAAAAAAAAAAAAUCAUAGUAUUGACUAUAUCCCGAGGAUUGAAGUGUGGUUUUCUGUGCUCAUAUCUCAUGAGGUUUAUCUAUAUCUUACGUUUUAGUCGGCGAGAGGAACCUUAUUGGAACGGCAACAAGAAGAUGCAGUCAGACUCUGAAGUUCGUUUAAACCAGGGGUCAAACUUCAACCGACAGCAGAACCGCUUUUCAAACUUCACUCCUCGAGAGCGGGGUCGCUUCCCAGAAGCUGGUGCUGAGCAGCCAAACACAUAUGACCGGUUGGUAAAAUCAGGAUUCCUUGUUCACUUCAAGUAACACAUCCAGGUUGAGACCAGUGUUUAAGACGUAUUAACACCUAAUGUUAGGGUUGUACAUUUGUAUUGUACUUUUGUCAACUGUACUCAUGUUUGUCCUUGGCCUUAUUCAGCUGGCUAUUUUAGCUUAUGAUGUGACCUACUCUGUUUUUUGUUUUGUCCAGACGUAACCGGUUCGAUGGUGAGCCAGAGGUCAAGAAAAGCCGCCCUGGACCUCAUCGGGAGAGCUCCGGCUUUGAUCGUUUCCCCAAGAACUUUGACACCGUUCGCAGAGCUGAACCCCACCCUCCACCACGUACAGCACUCCGAGACACCGACCGGAGGGAAAGAGACGAGAGGCGGCUUGUGCCUAUGCAUGAUCGCCCAAUGGGAGCAAGAGCUACAAUGCCUGGCAUGUCACACAAUCGCUCACCGAGGGAUGGAGGGCACGGAUGGAAAAACGAGGGUGGGAUGAACACUAACAAGGGAGAUCUACGGUAAAAAAAUAAUCAAACUGCAUUGCCACUUGACUGUUUUUUUUCCUUUUAAAUAAUCAAAAACUAAUUCAUGUUUUUGUUUCAAAUCUUUCUUGGGUAGAGGACCCAUGCGCAUGCGUACAGAUCGACCAGGCAGAGAUGGUCCAGGCCCCUCACUUAGAGGAGGGUCCUCCAGCGGCCAAGGAAGAAGCAACUUCAAUGACCGAGGUGGAGGGAGAUCAAUGGCGAUGGGUGAUCAGGUCUGUUAACCUCCUGACAAAGAGUCACAGUGCACUUAGAGAUACCACGUGGUGUUUAGAUAAAAUAAUGAUUUAGCAUUAUGCUACCUGCAGAUCCACUCAGUGAUCUGCAAACCCAAAUAAGGAUCCUGCACCUUUAAAAUGUUUUUAAUAAUAUCGUCAGCUGACAUGAACACAGUAAAACACAUUAUUUUCAGGAAUCACAGCAACAGUUUUGACAAGUAAAGUUGCAAAAAUGACCAAGCAGCUAGUCAUCAUUAGGACAGCCAGCUGCAAUUUAGCCAAGCUGCAGGGGUCUGUGUUUUUAUUUUGUCCUUUUAACAGAAUUAGGUCUGUAGAUACAAUAGUCAAAUGAGAAAGGCGGGGAAGGUGACUUUUUUUUUUAAGGUUGUGUUACAGUCUGUCCUGCAUUACAACAACACAGUGUUGAUGUGUGGCGCCAAAUAAGUCAUGCUAAAAUAUCUGAAAUUUGUAGGAUAUUCAUAAAAGGUAUCCAGGAAUUUGAGUUCGAAUCUAUUAUUAGUCAUUUAUCAAACAAAAUUAAAGUUUGAGGACAAUGUGCUGAGUAAUUGGAGUUUGUCACAAGCAGUAUCUAAAUCAAAACUAAUUCUCUUGAUGACUUUUUAUAUGUUAGAUUACUUUUUCACAAAAUUAGUAAUGCUUUUCUAGAGUUAAUAAAAGCUGCCACUGACUUAGAACCUCUCUUGUUUACAGCCGUUCAGCUCUGGUCGACAGGUGGUGGUGGAGCGUCACGGCAGGGAGCAGGGCCUGAGGAAGGAUUGGCACAGUGGGUCCAGCUCCCAGGGUGGGGGCUACCCUGAUAACCGCAGAAUGGGAGACACCCGGGGCAGCAUGAUGUCUCCUUCCAGGUAUGCAUCUUCAGAUGACUUCAUCAUUUGAAUCCCUGUUUUGAGCUGUUUUACACUCUGGUGUCGUCCCUCUUUUCUGCAGUCAUUCUUCAUCCGGGCUGAACCGAAUUGUACAGAUCACCAACAACUCCAUUCCCAGCAGUGGCAGCGUGGGCGGAUUCAAGCCCUACAAAGGAGCACCACGGCAGUACUAACUGAAAACCAAAUCCUGCCACUCAAAAGCACCUGAAAGUUUGAGGACUUUUUUCAACUUAUUUUUAGAAUAUGGACUGUUUUAGGUGGUACGUUAUUUUAUUUUGUAUAGAAAAGUCUUUACCUCAGUGUAGGGUUUUCCUGACAGUUUUGCUGUUACAUUUAAACAACCUCCUGCACAUGUUUUACUUUGUCUUUACAAAGAUACUGUAUAGACCCUUUGCCUUUGUAAUAAGUUUUCAAGUGAUGUUACCGAUGUCUCCUCUGAUUGGGUGUUGUAUGUAUAUUUUCAAUAGCGUAGUAUCACACUCAGUUUACUGUGUAAUGUUUUAUUUUGGUGUAUUAUAGCUUUCCUAAAGUGUCGGGGAUCAUCACUUAGUUGGAUGCUUCCCAGUGAUGAAGUGGAUGACGUAGGACUUGUUUUUGAGAGUCAUUUGUUUUGAUGUUUUUGUUUUGUAACUAUGAGUGAAACCUACUUAAAGUCAAACUAAACAUGCCUGUGUUGUAGCAAAAUACCUCCCAUCGACUAUGAGUUGGAUUGAAUUAAACUUUGACUUAAGUA